AUGAGUGUCACAGAGUAUUACACUACCCUUACCAAGCUAUGGCAGGAACUGGAUUUGUUUGGGCCCAAUGAUUGGUGUGGUGAGUGUUUAGAAAAAUAUGUGAAACUUGUAGAAAAAACCGGUACCUAUGAUUUCCUUGCAGGGCUGAAUAAGGAUCUGGAUGAGGUUCGUGGUAGAAUGAUUGGAAUCCGACCUCUACCUCAGAUUGAAGAAGUCUUUGCUGAGGUCCGAAGGGAGGAGAAUAGGCGCAAGAUUAUGCUUGGUGAUCCUAAAGGUACUGCCCAAACAAAGGCUUCUGCUCUAGGCUCCAAAAGCUAUGAACAAAACAGAAAACCAAACUUCUCUAAUGAACCACGGCGUGCUAAAAAAGGGAAUCUUUGGUGUGAUUAUUGUCAAAGAGCCAAUCACACUAAAGAAACUUGCUGGAAAUUACAUGGGAAACCCCCUAAUCAAUACAACCGUGAACAUCAAAGGCAACCUGGACAGUUUCAAAAAGAACCCCGUGCCUACCAAUCUAAUGCUGAACGGGUUGAACAAAAAGCUGGUGAGAAUUUGGGCAGCAUCAACCUCAGUAAGGAGCAACUUGAGCGUCUUUACAAGUUACUCACUCCAGAAAAAGUAACUGGUACUUCUUUAAUUGCCCAGCAAGGUUGUGCUCAAUUAUUUUGCUCAUAUGCUCCAAAUUAUGGUCACGCUAAAGUUAGAAUUGCAUAUGGAACCUUGUCUCCGAUUGCUAGAAUUGGAACUAUUAAGAUUAACUCUCUUGUUCUUAAGUAUGACCAGGGUUCGGGGAAGAGGAUUGGCAAUGCUAGUAAGCAUGAGGGACUAUAUUACUUUGAUGAGGGCACCGACAAGAUCAAACAAGUUCAUAUUGUUAGUUGGGAACCUUCUUCAUGGCAAAAUCAAGGGGAGACAAACAGUGAAGGAAAUUUCUGGCAUUUUUCUUCUGAAAUCCUCAAUUCUACCACCUCUGAAAUCCCUAAUUCUUUCACUUCACCGAACGUGCCUCUUUUAGAACCUAAUCCCUCACACUCUGAGAAUCUCAAUUUACCAAGAGUUGAAAAUUUUGAUGUGGUCGAUGAAAGCAAUAAACAAGGAGGGAAUCUUGAUGUGGAAAAUAAUCAAGAAGAAAACAAGGUGCCUGAUCUAGAUGUCCAGCAACAGAAAUCCCAUCCAAAUACAAAACUUCAUGUUUACUCUCGUCGGAAGAAUUAA